AGGAGAUUAUGAUGAUAUGAACGGAGGAAAAGGCGAGAAGAUCCCUACGGUGAUCGGGGCAGGAGAAGCAAGCCAUCUAAUAUGUAUCCGUGGCUUGAGCAGCCGGCAUGUGGGAGGAGAGGACCCCUUCGACCCAGACCAGACCGGGAGGAUGCGAGCGGCCAAUGGGCCCGUCUGCACUGCAUCGGGGCAAGGGCGUGCUGCACCUCUGCGCGCCGGCGCCCUCGUGCAGAUGGGAAAAAGCCCCGCCUCGCCGCCUCGGACGCGAGUGUUUGCAGGAGGAGCGUGCCUGGGCGGGCGAGACAGACAGGGCAGGAGCAGUCGAGGGCAGGCGCGGCGAUGAAGCUCCGACGUGCGCCGCUAGCGCCAAACCCAAUCCCGGCCCUUUGCACCAAGCCGCCUGCUCUCUGACGCCGGGACACUCACCAACAAAGGGGUCUGACAGGGUGCAACGGGCAGGGGCGGAGUGUUGUCUUGUUCUUUCGUGCCCACAAUGCCAUCAUCGUGCAACGGGCAGCAUUGUUCAUGCCGUUGUGUGCCCAGACGCGGCAUCGGGAAGGUGCGAUAAGCCCGCGCAAGCCAUCGCAUUCGGCAAUGCAGCUGGGCCUGCAGCUUGCGGCGUGUCGCGUGGAAGAUGAAGCCGCAAGGCGCCUCUCGCCCUCCACCACCACCGCCGCCUGUCAACACUAAUGUCGGAGGCAAAGCUUUGAUGGCCUUCUCGACCAGCUGGCCGGGUAGCGAGGCCGCGUUCCUCCCCCAUUGCCCC